CUUUCAAAAUGGGUUCCGGAAGUUGUGACGUUUGAUGCACCAGAUUUGACAACAUUUUUGACAAGUUGUUGCUGCUGAAUGUGGAGAUAUAAUGUCGUGAAUUUACAGUCGAAUAUAAACUGUAAUAUAUUUGAUUUAAUUGGCUGACAACAUGACAUUAUGGGAGAACCUGAAAGGUUUUGCCAGCAGCCGUCCUCCACUGGUUAUGUUCAUGGUCUGUCUGGGAGCAUUUGCCAUAGCUUUGAUUUCACUGUCUUAUUAUUUCAAAUCUAAUGACAUCUACAAUCCAGAUUUAACAGAGGAAUGGCAGGCAUUUUUGGAGAACUUUGCUGAAGUUGACUUUUGUAUUACAAAUAAUGAUUCAGAUAUACAGAUGGGAGAUUUUGAACCUCCAUUGAGAUUGCACCAUAUAUACUCAAAGAUCAGACCAACGUCACAUUUCUUAAGACCUUCAAAUGACGAAAUAGUGAACACGUCUAUAUCAAUGUGGGUGGAGAUAACCCCAACAAGAGAAUUGAUCAAAAUGCCUCACAAUAUAACAUUCCUUUAUGCUUCAUUGAAUGGUAGUAUGGUUGGUUUGAGGGAUCAUAAAAUAGAAGACACGAUGAAUUUGACAUUAUAUCUGCCGAUUGCUUGGAAUCAAAUCAGUUGUUUGAAGACAGGAAGGUGUUCAACUGUCAAAGUACUGGCUUGUGUCAACUUCCAGGCUCCUGCCUAUUUCUUCCCAAGUGUCAGGCAACCUGGAGUUUGUUAUGGUAUGAAUGAAUCAGGAGCCGAAUACCAUAGUAAGAUGGUGGCCAUUCAUAAAAGUAGUCAGGCAGGUGGAAAAAAGGUGUGUCCUGGAAGUCCACACCUACUUAUCAAACAUUCCAGAGAUCCAAACAUCAACAUGAUGUUAACUCUUGAAGACAGAUCUGUAAUUAACCUCCAUUUGAUGCACACGAGUUACUUCCUGGUUGUGAUGUUCAUUACAUUGUUUUGUUACGCUUUAAUCCGAGGAAAACCAUCAAAACCAAAAUCACACCCAUACACAGAGGUUCAGACUUCAGUAUAGUAUACAUAGUACAACAAAGGAUCAAAAAUUGUACUAUUCUAUGACAGCAAUCUGAUCAGCUGUUGAAGAUAUCAAACAGAAAUGUUCAUCAAAAAGAAAUCCAAUUAAAGCAGUAGUUCACAUGAAACUGUAAACAGUUGAAGCUGUUUUUAUUUAAAUGCUUUGAAACAUACUUCAAUCUGCUUAAUAAUUCAGUUUGUCAUGAAGUUAGAAACUUUUAUGCUCAUUAAUUUCAAGAAUCUUUGACAGACAGGAAAAACAGGUUGAAUAACUGAAUUAAUAGAAAAAGCAAAUUAAUGUUUAUGAAUAAUUUGGUGUGUGGACUAUUAAUAAAGAAAUUUAGCAGAUGAAGCCAUAAAUUUGGGAUUUUUUUUUUUU